AUGAUUCGCAAGUCUCUGGAAAUGCUGGAACUUGGACUCAGUGAAGCACAGGUGAAAAGCCAUUUCUAUUUAGUCUGGUGUCAAAGUGUUAUCUUGCUUUGAUACAGUUUUUUAACAAUGUUAACAAUUAAAAUCUCAAAUGUUGGAUUUGUAAAGCAGCGAUGCAGCUGAUGCUAACCCACAUAUAUGUUCAAAUAUUGUAAGACAAGAGGAAUAAUACUUGUAAUUUCUGGUCCUUUCUAGGUAAUGAUGGCCUUGUCAAAUCACUUAAAUGCGGUGGAAUCAGAGAAGCAGAAAUUACGAGCUCAGGUUCGCAGGCUAUGCCAGGAAAAUCAAUGGCUAAGAGAUGAGCUAGCCAAUACCCAGCAGAAAUUACAAAAGAGUGAACAGUCAGUGGCUCAGCUGGAAGAAGAAAAGAAGCACCUAGAAUUUAUGAAUCAGUUAAAAAAAUACGAUGAUGAUAUAUCUCCUUCAGUAAGUAGCUUCACAUUAAAACACAUUUUAUUCUUCCUAAUUUUUUUCUGUUUGCUGCGGAACGUUACCCUAUAAAUGUUGGGACCUUUCCUCAUAGGAGAGUUGUCCAGCCCUGUGAUCACCUUUGUUACCCUUUUCUCAAGAUCAUCUGGUCAUAAACUUAGAGUUCUCUUUUUGCACUUCUAAAUAUCAUGCUUAGUAGAUGAUACACUUUUCAGUAAUGGUAUUAGUUUGAGAAGUAGGGUGGGGAGACAGUAAUGAGACAAAAGGUGCCUUUUGCAAUUUGUGGAUAUGCAUAAUGCACAUAUCCAUAUUGAUUCAGUGGUUCUAACUGCUUGUUGUUUCUUGGGAUUUGUCUAGGAGGAUAAAGACACAGAUUCUACCAAAGAGCCACUGGAUGAUUUAUUCCCCAAUGAUGAAGAUGACCAAGGACAAGGGAGUAAGUGAAUGUAACUUUAUACAUUAUACAGAGUGAGUGGGGACUAGUGGAAGUUUAGCUGCUUCUUUAAGUCAUUAGUGCACAGUGCACAGCAUAAAAGAGUAGCUGCAGUAUUGAAGCCUGGCAGCUGACUUGCCAGAAACAAUAAAAAUGAUAGACUUGAAACUUCUGAUGGGCAAUCAGAAGUUGUACUUAAGUGUGAAGAUUUUUUUUCUAGUUAGUGAUAACCACGGUUUAUCAUGUCUGAACUGGGGAAAUCAUACUUUACUCUCAAAUUAUACUGAGGCUAGGAUCCAGUUCUGAAGCUAAGCAGGCUAGGAACAAGUCUCCCCCAUGGUUAUAGGUUUGGGCUUUUCCCCAGGUUACAUUGGCUUGCUAGAUGACAGGGGAAAAACUUGCAUCAGCAACCAUGGUGGCUGAACUUUUGAUUUCCUGCUUUUCCAUGAGUUUGGCUAUAUCCAAUCUCAUUCUCCUGGGAAGCCAGAGACUUUCAAGUGUAAUGAAUAAAAGAAAUAGAACUUGCUAACAAAACAUGUGCCAGAGUAUGCGCAAAGUAAUGUGUGUGUUUAAAAAAAAAAAACAAGAGUAGAAUGAUUAGGUAUAAUAAUCUCAUGGAACUCAAUCAUAGUUUUGACAGUUAAAACAUUUGAGUGUGUAGUCUUAAAGACGUUCAAUUCAUUCAUGCCAGUUACAUAUUAAUUUUAAUAUACAGCUUUCUUCUUUCUAGUUCAACAACCACAUAGCAGUGCAGCAGCAGCUGCCCAGCAGGGUGGCUAUGAAAUCCCAGCAAGAUUAAGGACCCUUCAUAAUCUUGUCAUUCAGUAUGCUUCCCAAGGCAGAUAUGAAGUUGCUGUACCCCUCUGUAAACAAGCACUUGAAGACCUGGAGAAGACAUCAGGUCAUGAUCAUCCUGAUGUUGCCACUAUGUUGAAUAUACUUGCAUUGGUAUACAGGUUGGUAUUUAAACGGUUUUCUAAUGUGUUUGAUGUUACAGCUAGACUAAAAUACAGUACUUGUGGUGGUGUUUUGAGUAACAAUGUUGUAUUUUAGUUUGAGGACAUGGCUUUUUUAGGGAGACAGUCAUGCAACUUGAAUAAUAUUCCUAGAUAUUUUGAGUUGGGCUGAGGACAUUCUUACUUUAGCAGUAGUUUGCUGCUAGUGGCUUGGGAACUGAAUCUGCAUUUUGUUUUGGUGCUGGUUGGUGCAUCUGAUGACCUUAGAUUGGGAGGAGAACUGGGUAUACUGUCCAUAGUAUCCUGUAGUUGUUGUUCUUUAUAGAGAUGUAGAGGGCAGCCUCAGAUUAUCAGCAUGGUCUGUUCUAGUACCUAGCCACUGUGCUGUAACUCUGUUGAAUAAUAGGCACUUCAUGGGUUGAGACAUGAAAAGAGCAGAAUCUGCACUGGAUUCUGACAGUUUCAUAUACUUAAGAUACUGAAUCCAAUUCUUGCUGAUUUUCCUGACUGAAUUCUUAGAUAAUAUGUUCAUGAGAUAUGGUUGUUAAUCAUGACUUCUCUAAUUUAGGGACCAGAAUAAAUACAAAGAUGCAGCAAACUUACUGAAUGAUGCUUUGGCUAUUCGUGAAAAGACCUUGGGCAAAGAUCAUCCAGCGGUUUGUAUAUUAGAUAGUUCUUUUGUUUCUUCCUUCUUUUGUUUCUUCCUUCUUUGUAGUAUCAAGUCCUUUUGGUUUCCUUUGAAACUCAUUUUAAUAUUAACUCAACAGGAAGGUUUUUAAGCCCUGGUUUAUCGUUAACUUCAUUCAGGUAGGUAACUCUCAAUAUAAUGUCUUGCACUUUUAAUAAUUAAGCACAAAACUCUUUCAACAUUGGUCCACUUAAAUUACUUUCUUGCACACUUGUCUGAUUCUGAAUCAUUUACAUGAUGAAUUUACCUGAAAUUCUGAAAUAUUUCAAAUGUGUUUUUGGAUUGCUUUUUUGGAGCAAUAGUAAAAACUUUUGUUCAGUGUAAGCCAUUUAUUAAAUACUCUCCAUUGAUAAUUACAGAUGUCCUUUCUAUAAUAUGAAACUAUGUCACUUUCUAAUAUAUAUCUUUUGAAUAUAGUAUUCUAUAUUCAUCGAGCAAAAUUGUGCAUUUCCUAAUAUUCCUAGCCCAGUGCUUCCCAGCCAGUAUGUUAUAACUAAUCUAUUGUCCACAUGCUUGUCCCAGAUAAGGUUUUAGCUCUGGGCCAGUACUUUCAAAACAUAGACCUAGUCCUUUAGCAUGACUUAUUCCAUGCUUGCUGGAUCUUACUACUUGGUUCUACUUAACAACCUAGUAAAUAUGUACCGUCCAACAACAAUUUGCUACUAUUUGUAGGCCGCCAAAGGUUGGGCAUCACUGUGCUAGUUAAGACACAUUUUAUGUUUCUUAGUUUCACAAGUAUUUAAACAUCUGAAUUACAAAUAAAUGAAUGCUCUAGGAGCUGCUUAAUUUUUCUCCAGAUAAUUUCAGCAGGUAUGUUAGUAGACUUACAUAGCUUUUGUCCUCAUUUUGCAGGUUGCAGCAACUUUAAACAAUCUUGCAGUGCUUUAUGGAAAAAGAGGAAAAUACAAGGAAGCUGAACCAUUAUGCAAGAGAGCAUUGGAAAUCAGAGAGAAGGUAGCUCAGAACAACUGUGUUAUUUUUGCUGACUUCUGCUUUUUCAGUCUCAGACUUGUCAUGAUAUUGGCUGUGUGUGUGUGUUGGUUAAAAUAGAGAUUGUGCGUACAGUUGUGCACAUUUAGGAUUUUAUUGCAAUGAUCUAUUAAGUUUUUAGAAAUCAAUUCACUGUAUUUUAAAGAUGUGUCAGAACCUGCUCUCAAAAGACAGGAAACCCCAUAUUUGUUACCAGGCAGGGAGAUCAGGUAUCAAGGAACAUCUCAACAUCUCAGAUGGGAUAUUUUAUUCCCGCAGUGUCAUGACAGCUGUCACACAUCACAGUUCUGAGCCACUUUUCCCUGCACUACAUACUAUUGGCUUUGAAUGCUAUUUCUCUGUCUUCAAAAACAGCAAUAUGUUUUGGAAAUCUACCUUGUGCAUAUGAUUUGGAAUGCAAAACAGAUGAAAAGUAGGCAUUGGGGAGCACCCUAACUUUUCAGAAGUCUGCACAUGUAGAAUUGGGGUGAAUGACAGAAAAGGAAAGGAAUUAGUGUGGAAAGUAGUAAUCCUCCCAUAGUGUAGGCAGAAGUUCUUUGUGAAGUUUCUUGUGGAGGUUUGAAGGAUUUAUAACUGGAAAGUUGUGAUCUGGAAUAUUUCCCAUACCCCUGUAUAAUACGUAAAUAAUUCUGGCUAAAUUUGUUUAAUACAGUGUUUCCAGAGGUGGAGUAUAAAUAGGGGCUUGAGUCUAGUUGAACCAAUGCUAGUGUAAAUAUGACUGUGACGGCUUUUAAAAAAAAGUUUAUAUUUUAAAAGGAAGUGAUACACUGGUAACCUAGUGUUCCUUUACUUCUAGGUACUGGGAAAAGACCAUCCAGAUGUUGCCAAACAGUUAAAUAAUCUGGCCUUACUAUGUCAGAACCAGGGUAAAUAUGAAGAAGUGGAAUACUACUAUCAACGGGCACUUGAGAUCUACCAAACAAAACUGGGGCCGGAUGAUCCAAACGUAGCAAAAACCAAGAAUAAUUUGGUAUGUCUGCACAGUGGCGUAUAUAAUAAUGAGACAUGAGCUACUGUAUUUCUCAUUUGCUGAAAACAUGGGCUUGGAUCCAAAACACCGAGCAGAAUGAAAAUAGUUCCUAGUGCCAGUAUUGCCACACUAAGACUUGCACAUGUGCUAGAGGAAGACUUUCAGCAGUGAUACAUUAUACUGUGUCUUACAAUUACUGUGCUUCUGCUUGCCCAGAUGAAGUACAACUUUGGAUCUAGUGUCACUUUUUUCACACCAUGUUCUAGUGUGACAUGUAACAUAGACCUUCUGUAGUGCUGCCCAAUUAGCAUAGACAAUAUUGAGCUAGAUAAGACCAAUGGUUUAAGUUAGCUUCCAAUGACUGUUAUGCAGGCAGAAAAACACAUUUGGAUCCAACCCUUUGUAAUGUGCUAAGCAAGUUGCCUUCAGAUAUCAUGUUUCUGAACUUCUUUCAAAUCUGACUGUGCUCAUGUCAUCCCUUUCAGGCAUCCUGCUACUUGAAACAAGGCAAAUUUAAGCAAGCAGAAACUCUGUACAAAGAGAUCCUUACUCGUGCCCACGAAAGGGAAUUUGGCUCUGUGGAUGGUAAAUGCUUGUAUUAUGAAGGAAAGUUAGUUCAUGUUGGAGUAACUAGGGGUUGUGAAUAGGAGAGACUCAAGUCCUUUGUUAAUUGUAAGAGGUCAUGGGUUGUUGCUGCUUUUAAAUAAUGGCAGAACAUAUUGAGAAAUCAUUUUAGAAAUCAUUACAGGAAAUGCUUUGACAAGUUGUUUAGCCAUUGUUUCUCUAGGUUUUUCCCCCCAUGCUGUAUGGCAAACCAUCUUUAAAAUUGAGAGGAAUUUUCACAAGCAGUUUUUGAUAAUGAUAAAUUGAGUAAGCAUGUAAUGCUAAAUCAUUAUUUAAUUCUAUGUGCAGAAGCUGGCAAAAGCAUGAGCAAAGCCUUGAGCUCCCUCUUUCCCUUGUCCUUCCCUGGUGGCAGAAGAACGUCUGCACAAUAUAAUUUCAUUUCUCACAAAUCCUUGCUUGUUGUUAAAGUAUUAACCAGACAUUUUGGUUUGAAACAAACUCUAGUCAGUUUCUGAACAAACCAGAUUCAUAACUCAUGGCUGAAGCUUGCUUGUUUACUGCUUCAGUUUUGUUUUAAACCACAACUUGUAGUUUGUAUGUUAAGGAUAAGCCAGGAUAUAUUGAAAGUGAAAUUAAGUUCUGCAGACGUCCUCCUCCUACCACCUGUGGGUCAGGAGUGGGGGAAGAAGAGCAGGGAGUAUGCAAACUCAAGGCUUUCUUUGGGUUCAUCCCAGCACACGCAUAUUCCAGCUUGUGCACCAAGUGCUAAGCCAUGGUUUAAUAUGGUAUGCAAACUGAGCCCCUAGGGCAGGCAACCUCAGCCCUCCAGAUGUUUUGGGACUACAACUCCCAUCAUCCCUGACCACUGGUCCUGUUGUUGGACUUGUUCCGUAUCUGCUAUAGGGUCCCCGGAGCACAGAUUCACACAAAGCUGCAAACAACCUUGCAGAUUAUAACAGGGUUUAUUUGAAAUGCAUAUGCAAAGCAAAGGUGCAGCGCAAUAAUCUCGCAAUCUGCACACCCCAAUCAGGGUGCACCCACUUUUUAUAGACUAUACAAAAACAACAACAACAGAGAGUGAGACUUUACAUUCUUAUCCAAUCAGGCUCUAACAUUCCAUGUUUCUCCUUUUGAAGGUUAACACUUCUUAAUUUACUCAUUCUUUGUUUGUCUGCCUCCUACAGCCUUCCCUGUCUUGUAACAGUUGCUUUGUUUGUCUGCUUGCUUAUGGUCUUGCCCGUCUUGUAACAGUUACUUUGAGAACAGCAUGCUGGAAUUUCUAUUUCUGAGGCCCUUCACUGUUAGCUAGGGAUGAUGGGAGUUGUAGUCCCAAAACAUCUGGAGGGCCGAGGUUGCCUAUGCCUGUCCUAGGGGGAAGGUGGGGAGAGCCCUUGGCUCUUUAGUCCAAGCAAAGUCUAAUCCUGUUGGGCAUGCUUGCAGUUGCUCUUUGGCUCUAGACUUCCUUUUACAAAUCUUGGCAGAAUUCUUCAGAGGGUUUUAGGUUAUCCUGAUAAUAAUGAUGCCCAAAAGACUGACUUGAAGAAUCAUACAUUUUAAUUGGGCGAUUUAAGGAAUUGGUUGGAUUGUUAAUACACUUGGCAGAAUAUAAUUUGCAAGCAGUAGUUGCAGAGCACUGGCUUCCUUGUGAUGAGUUAAUUAUGUAAGCAGCUUGCUUGAAGUGUCAAAGUUGUCAUUGUGAUAAAAGUGACGUCUCCGUAUGUUCUAGCAGGCAACUAAGCUUCUGUUUGCAUGUGCUGCUUGCAAUUCGGUUAACAUCAAAGCUGCUUUGAAAGAGCAGUUGCAACCAUUUUGUAACUCUGAUUUCUAGGUAUUCUUUUUUUCCUAUCCUUAGGCUGUGAAAAAAACAAGACAUCUACUUGUAAUAUGUCUUUGUUCUGUCACAGUGUGAUAAGAUGACCCUUUGCUCUGUUUAGCUUAUUUGAUAAACUCAAGGUUUGUAUCAUUUAUAUACAAUAGCACUGUGACUGGCUUCUGAUCAGUGAAUAAAGUGUCCUAGAACUGGGAACAUUGGGGGUGGAUAUCUCUGUAGCUUUCCAUAAUGUUUCUUUACAGCACAAUCCUAUACAUGUCUACUGAGCAGUAAUCCUCACUAAGUUCAGUGGGGCUUCCUCCCUCAUAGGUGGAUAUAGGAUUGUGUUGGUAAGCAUUCUUUCACAAUGCUGGUCUGGCCAAAUGUGGUCAUUUUAUUUCACACAGUAUCCCUUACCUUAUUUUUACAUAGAUGAAAACAAACCAAUCUGGAUGCAUGCUGAAGAAAGAGAAGAAUGCAAAGUAAGAGGAUACCUGAAGCAGAAAUUUAUUUUUGUCCUUAUAGCGUUAAAGAUAACAAUUUAACACACUGUUUGCAAUUUAGGGAAAGCAAAAAGAUGGCACUACUUUUGGUGAAUAUGGAGGCUGGUAUAAAGCUUGCAAAGUUGAUAGGUAGGUACAUUUUCCUAAAAACAUUUAAAGUGUUAAAAUAAUAAUGUUGUUGAUAGUGUGUUGAAUUCUGGAAACCUCCAUAGUGAAGAUAAUUGUAAAUGUCCUUAUGGAGAAACUUAAUAAAGUUUGUAUUCAACUAACUUUUAUGCACAGUAGACUCAGCAGAAUUAGUGGUCAUAAAUUUACAUGAGUCUACUCCGAGUAAAAGUUAAUUGAAUAUAACCUUAAUUCAAUUAACUGGUCAAUUAACCAGAUUCAGUUAACUGGUCUCACUAGUGGAAGCUUGCACAAGGACUUUGGCCACUGCAACAAGGUUCCCACCCCUCCAAAUUCGCUGGGGGUGUUAGGAGAAUGCCCAGAACAGGUUUUUCUCCAGGUGGAAAUGUCUUGAUCGUGACUGAAACAGUCAUCCAAAGAAACUGGUGUUGCAAUACUACCUAGAGAGACUUGGCUUUGCAUAAAUACCUAGAAAGAUAAAAUUUGGAAACAGAAGCAUAAAGUGACUGGAAUAUUGUGCAGUAUUGGCUGGAAGGCUGGAGCUUCCUAACAUGUCAGGAGAGAUGCUCAGUGGCUGCUAAAAACCCUACUGGCCGUCCUUUUAUAGAGGUGGUGGUUUGAAAUCACUGGCUACAAAUUAAGCCCACCAUUUCUACAUUUCCCAACUUCAGAAUGGACUCAGGGUCUUGGAUUUAUUUUGGGUUGGAGCCUAUGGCUGAUUAGCAUCCUAUACCCUUUUAAAUGUGUUGGUGGGGAGGGGGGAUUAUUGUUUUCAUAGAAUCAUAGAAUUGUAGAGUGGGAAGGGAACCCCAAAGGUAAUCUCUUCCAACUCCCUGCAAUGCCGGAAACUCGGAUAAAGCAUCCAUGACAGAUGGCCAUCCAACCUCUGCUUAAAAACAUCCAAGGAAAGAGAGUCCACAAUCUCCCAAGGGUUUUGCUUCCCUUUUGUUCUUGUUUUUAUUCUGUGUAUUGUGUGAAUUGCCCUGAGAUCUACAGAUACAAAUUUAAUAAAAUAAUAAACAAUAUUUUUAAAGGUAUAUUGAUGCAUGGAUGGACUUGUCCUCCUUCGGGGAGUGGGAAGGGGCAGCAGAGGAAUUGUCACUUGUCACAGUUUCAGUAAUCUUAGUUCUUUCAUUGCUGCAAUAUCCCUCUGUUUCUGCUAAUUUAUCUGUGUUAUAUAAUAGCUUUUUAAAUAGUAGCAUAUGUGAGGAGGGUGUUCUCUCUUGCAUUCAAACAGCAAGAGGCAAAAACCAGAGAAUCAUGCAUCAGACUCAAGUGUUAUAUAGCAGACAUUUUUUUGUAAACCUUUGGGACUGGAAAAUUGAGCAGGGCUGAUAAGAAGGACACUAGGAAUAUGUGAUCUGUGUCUUUGUCAAGGUUACUGCUUCAGAACUAGCCUAGUUAUAUAACGGACAGCAAUAGCUGCAACAAUACAUGGUACCCUGGCAAAAGGUCUUUCUAGUAAAUAACUUUUUAUGCAUUUGCAGACCUAUUCAGAACUCUUUGUGAGCAGUAAGUGCCCAUUAUAAAUUUAUGAUGAGCAUUGGCUUUUAAUGGAAUAUUCUGCUGUACUAUUAGACAGAAUUGUUUCAAGUUUGGGAGGCAAUGGUCUCCUGCCGGAAUCUAACUUUUAACACAUAUUUUGUAGUCCAACAGUUACAACUACAUUAAAGAAUCUUGGAGCACUUUACAGACGCCAGGGCAAGUUUGAAGCUGCUGAAACAUUAGAAGAGGCAGCAAUGAGGUCCCGUAAACAGGCAAGUGCUUUGUUCAUCAAGCGUUUCACUUCUGAUAGUGUUAAGCUACAAUUAUUAGUAUUUUGUUACAAAGAAUUUGAAUUUAACUACAGUGAAUCUGAACUGUCUAGAAUUUCUUUUUGUACCUCUGCUUGGAAGCCUGCUUCAUGCAAAUCGUGAUUUAACACUGAUCCUGUGGCAAUGCUGUAUCCUGGUUAAAACAUACUGUAGAUGAGGGUGGACUUACGCAGAUGAGAAAGGAGGAAAUGUCAUGGUUAGAAGAUUGUCUGCACUGCCUUAAUUUUUUUCAGAAGAGAUAUUAGCAAAAUAAUCCAGAGGGGAAAUUCCAACUUCCAUGGGGGGCGGGGAACACCCUGAAGUUUAGUAUGAACACUCAGAAAUAUGUAACUAGAUAACUCAUUCUUUUACUCUGAUUUUUUAAAAAAUGUUCCCAUUAAUGAUAUUAUGUUUAAAAAAAUAUUCUCACUUUUUAAGAAAAUGUGUGGAGAGUAAUAAUAACUUUUAUAUAAAAUAUUUGAUACGGCCACAUUUGCAGUAUCGUGUGCAGUUUGGGUUGACCUCAAAAAGAAUGCUACUAAGAACAAGGACAAAAAUCCUGAAACUGCCUUUAGUGGAGGAUUUUUAAACUGGGGAAGUAAGUAAGGCCAGGACCCAAGCAGUUGUGUAUGCCAGCCCAAAGCACUUCCACUUGAGGAGAGGGGUUUACAAUGUUUCCUAUCUAACUGCAGCCUUUUGUCCUGCUUCAAAGGGUCUCCUGACCUUCAGGAACAUCUUUGGACUGUGUGUGUGCACCUGUGCAUGUGUGCUGAAGUGGAAGGGUGGGAAACUAAAACACAAAUGGUUUGCAGAGAAUUCCAUAUUCAGCCCCUUGAACCCGGCCUAAGUUAACAGAAUUGACAAACCUAGUUCGAAUAUAGUGGGUUGUUGGCGAAAUUAUCACCUUCAGACAAAUUAGGCAAAGCAUGUUACUUUUACUAGAACAUUAACUAGAACAUUUUGUGGGUGUAGAUAAUAUGCAAACAAUAUUUUCUCCUCAAACUUACCUUUGUAAUUCUGUAAUAUGUGCUUCAUGGUUAUGCUUCAUAUACAGCUAAUGGGUGCUUAUUUAUUCGGUAAUGUUUUGUAGACUCCGUAGUAACUUGAUGAUAAUUGAGCUUCUCACUCAUGGCACUGAACUACUUGGUGCAAAGUAAAAUGUCUGUUUCCCCUUUACUUGGCUCACAGGGUCUUGAUAAUGUUCACAAACAGAGAGUUGCUGAAGUGCUCAAUGACCCAGAAAGUAUAGAGAGAAGGCGAAGCCGCGAGAGCCUCAAUGUCGACGUGGUAAAGUAUGAGAGUGGCCCUGAUGGAGGAGAGGAAGUGAGUAUGAGCGUAGAAUGGAAUGGGGUAAGUACAGUACACAGUGUAAGGAAAAAACCAAACCUAGAUUGGCAUAGCAGUUAAGUUAUCAUUCUGUUGUGUAUUCAGGGUUGUUCUUGGCUCAUAAGCACCUGUAGUUUCGAAUGUAAGCAAAAGCAAUAAGAUAUUGCUUUUGAGGGUAAGUUCUGACCAAUUAAGCUUAAAUUAAGAAAAACUCACUAAAAUUUGGAUUUAGAUAGAAGUGUUUGAAUGCUGAUUGAAUGUCCUGGUUAAUGUAUAGGACCUAAUCCUUACCAGUGGUUUGUUUUAUUACUGGAUGCAACAGGAUGGCAAUUUGUUUACUUUAUUAUCUCCCACCCCUUUUUUUUAAAAUAUCCCCCUUUGUUUCAGAAGAUUUCCUUUUUCUCUGGUUCACUAGAAAGCACUGCUGUGCAAUUAAAUGGAACUGGUAUGGAGAAUUAAACCAAAAACUACACACAACAUAGGUUUCUGGAUGCAAGUUUCUUGCUGUGUCAUGGCAUCAUGAUGGUGCAAACAUAAAAUCUACCCAUCUGCUGAUGACAAAUUGCUGCUUUCCACUUACCUAUGGAAGCCUGCCAGAUCCUUGAUUAAAGUGAGGCCUUUCCUAUCUCACGACGUCUAGUUCCACUGCUUAACGUGGAAGGUGUGCUACAGGUUACAAUAACAAAACCUUUCUAAAACUUUCCAUCAUUGGAAACAUGUGUCUGUGAACCUGCUUGUUAUUUGGUGUCUUUUACAAGUGAAACCAGUUCAAGAUUUUGGUAGUACUGAGAGGGUUACUACUUUUGAUUUUGGUUAUAUUGGGCAUUGGGCACAUACAUGGAGUGCUCUGAGGUGCAAAUUGCCAGUGUCAGCCUUGUGGUGGUUUAGUUAUGCAGUACACGUUUAGUCAGAUUGCAGUAGUCAUUGUUUUUCUAAGUUUGUUUUGUGGUGUGUAGGUUCUGUUUCAUAGUGGAAUACUUAUCAGCUAUAACUCUGUCAUUUGCCAGAGCUUUAGGAUCCUAAAGGCUGCUGUAGCUGUCUAUAUUUUUUGCUCUUUUGAUGCAGAAAAAGGUUUCUCUUUCCACUGUUUCACAGAUUGGCUUUGGUGUGUAUUGUCCUAAGACAGUCAAUCAGCAUAUAAUACAAAUAUUAUCACCUUAAUACUUCCUUAAUUUGUCCCCUUGGCACUAGAACUGUGUACUGUACUCUUCCCUUUUUUCUUCUGUAGUUGGCAUGCCUUCAAAUUGUCAAGUGUGAGGGAAACAUUUUUUCCCAUUCAUUUUGUGUUUUAAUUAAAAAGCAUGCAGAUGUGGGGUUGACAGGGGCAUUCAAGAAAAUAACUACACAGUAUUUCUAGGUCAGUGACAUUCACAUUUGAUAAAACUCAGAAAGUGAACUUUUCCAGAGUGGAAUGUUCCACCUUUAAAAUAAUAUGGCAUUAAUGGGUUUCUAUUUUGUUUAGGUUUGCAUGUCCACCUUUUCACUCCGUUUUGGUUACUUUCAUGUUCAAGUUCUAAACUGAAGUUGGUUUUCUUCUACAUUUCCCCCAUUUCAUGUUGGCAUUCUUACUUUUUCUAAUUUUGCAGGUGCUCAGUUCUGCUCAUUUCUUCACCAUGAUAGUAAUCUAACAAUUAUUAUUAAUAUUUUAUCUCAUUUUGUAUCCCAUCCUUUCUUUCUCCGUAAUGCUCAUAACAGCCCAGUAGCUUCCAAACUGAGGCAAAGGGCAGCCCCACAUAGAGCACAUAGCAGUAUUCUAGUGUUGAGGUUGCCAAAGCAUAGAGUGCUGUGGCCAUACUGUCCUUAUUCGGGCAUGACUAGUAUACCAGUUAUGGUAAAAAGCACUCCUAGGUACUGAGGCCACUUGGGCCUCUAGUUCCAAUGAAUGACCCAGGGAGUACUUUGAAUCUAUGUGCCUGUUCUUCAAGCCAGAAUGUAACCACAUCCAGAACUGGUAACUGGCCUACACCCCAGAUGAAGCACUCACCCACAAGGACUCUGUCUUGCCAGGAUUGUUUAAGUUAUCUAAAUGUCACCCAGUCUACUGCAGCAUUUAAACGCUAGCCUUGGGAUUGCAAGCCAACCUGACUUGGAUGUGCUAAUCAAACUUCGCUCCAAAUCUCCAGCUUCCAACAGCUUCAUAUCAAUGUUAAACAGCAUGGGAGGGGCCAGGUUGGCAGCCUGUGGCAUCCCGUAGCAUAAGUGCCAGGGGGCUGAUGGGCAGUUCCCCAGUGCUACUCUCUGAAAAAAACUUUGCAGGUAGGAACAGAACCACUGAAGUACAGUGACCCCAUUUGCCAUAAGCCAAAGCUGAUUUUGCCUACUUGGUGCUUUUCAUUUACGACUAUUACAUGCAAGGGUAGCCAAUGUGGUGCCCUCCUGAUUUUGUGGAUCCUCAGCCAACACGGCUGGUGGUCAGAGAUUAUGGGGAUUGGAGCCCACAACACCUGGAGGGCACAAUAUUGGAUGCCCGUGAUUUAAUGAUUAGCAUUAGUGGUUUGAUAGCCGCUGAAUGGAAACUUCCAUGUAUGGGUCGAAGUGCCUCAGCUGCAUGCAAAAGGCUCUUUGGGUCCUUGCCAUAGAUUCUCUUUUCUGCAUUAGCAUUCAUUGUUUUACGAUCUCGAAUCAUCUCAGUCCAUUUACUGGCAUGAUUGUGUAAGGGUUUUUAAAACUGUUUACCUCCAGGAAAGCACUUUUCAGCAGAUCUUCUCCACUAAGGAACACCUGUGAAUAAUAAUAAUAAUAAUAAUAAUAAUAAUAAUUUAUUUAUACCCCACCCAUUUGGCUGGGUUUCCCCAGCCACUCUGGGCGGCUUCCAACAAAAUAUUAAACUACAGUGGUCUGUUAAACAUUAAAAGCUUCCCUAAACAGGGCUGCCUUCAGAUGUCUUCUAAAAGUCUAGAUAACUAUGUGGCAUGUUUGCGGACACAUAGGCACUGGGCAGUCCCCUUAGAUCUCACUGUUGUUUCAUGUGAGCUUAGAAUACGUUCAGUACUAAGGGGAGCUCCUCUGCAGUUUCUAAUCUCAUUAAAGAACCCCUACUAAAUUCUAGGGAACUCCAGCAUUCCCAGGAACAAGGUUUGGAAAUCCUCACUCUAAUGAAACACUAAAGCUUUGUAAUAUGGGUUUGUUGAUAGUGCUUUUGGAGUGGGCACAUCUCACUUAUUUUAUAGAAGUUAAAGCUUAAAUUGAUGCACCUUGUCCCAAUUGAUUUCUUUUCAUCACUUUUUAGUUUGGCUUGUGUAGUUUUAAAAAUUGGAAUCUCGCAUGCCAUAGUAUACACCUUUGAUUUAAAAUAAUGUAUCUGCUUUCCUUUAUUAAACGCAGGAAUAUGAUUUUAUAUAUAUUUAAGGAAAAUAUAUUGAUUCCUUUAAAAGUUCAAAGUCCUGCGCAAUAUAGAACCUAGAAUAAAAGACAACAGAAGGUUUGCGGUCCUCCAUUGGCUUUCUUUUGCAUUAUGGAUACUAUGAAUUUUUUAAGCUGUUGUCUCUGCUGAUUUUGAGAAUUUGUACGCAACAUUAGCGAGUGACCUAGAAAUACUGUUAAGACUAACAAGCUCAAAAUGGAAAACUGUUGAACUUCUCCCCACAACAGUUUCAUUCAGUUUUUUCUCUCUCCAUUUCUGUCCGACAGGCCUAGAUGCCUUUUCUGAUUCUUACACUGUCUCCUGCAUGGCGGGCGUGCAGCAUCUUCAAGCUCUAACUUCUCUCCACUACUGACUGCUGUGUAUUUAGCAAUCCCUUAAGAUCCUUGUCAGAGCUGCACUUCUUGUAAAAAUGGCCACUUCUUCAGUGCUGGUGUCUCUCUUUCUUUGGGGCAAGGGUUCCUCUUUCUUUCCUGUACAUGUUUAGCUUUGCCAGAUAUGUAUCUAGUCUUACAAAAUGUGGUGUUAAUAACCAUUUGCUGUGUAACAGAUGAGAAUUAACAAAACUAAGAAUGAACUUGAUAAGUAGCUGUUUCACUAUGAUGAAAGGUAGUUUAAAUUAUCACACAAGGUGUUAUUAAAAUGGCAUGAUGGUGACCUUUACAGAAUAUGCAGGUGGGUUUUUUUAUUUAAAAAAGCAAGGCAUGUGCUCACAGUGCUUUAAAGUGUAUUUAGAGACCUAUAACAUGGGUUAACAUCAAUAUGGAACUCUGGAUGUCUUCACUUACGCUUAUCCUAAAGUAGCAGUGCUGUUUAGUCUUCAUGUGAAAGUUCAGCAGUUAUGCUUUUCUCUACUAAUCUUGGUGUUGGGUGACUUUGUGUAUUUGUCUUUCUAACUUCUAAUAAACUCACUCCAACUGAUGCCUGUUUCUGUCUGCUGCGUAGUACUUUGAAUUCUGCAUAGCUACUGUAGGAAAGGAGGCUUUCUAGAAACUGCAAGGCACUGUUAACUUGCAGUUAAGUGCACAUGGGUUUCUUUGUCAAGCAAUAAAUAUGAUAGGUCUUUGGCCAUACAAACUUGACUUCUGGAAAAAUAAGAACUAUUAAAAAAAACUGUCUCCAAAUACUGUACUAUAAAAUAAACUAAUGUAAUGUGAAGCAAGCUCUAGAUUCACGUUUUAUGUUUCUGGAACAUGGUUAAGGACACAAACUAGCAUAACUUCACUAUGGAACUUAAUGCUUGCAUAUGCUUUUGUUCUUGUUUAUAUGCAUGUUUAUUACAUAUUGCUCAAGUUAGAGUGAACGAAUUCAUUAAACAUGUAAUGCUACUGCUUGGUGGUGGUCUUUUACUAUAUUCAUGGUUAGCAUGGAGUGGUGUGGUGGUCCUGCAAAUAAAAACUUUAUAUACAGUGGUACCUCGCAAGACGAAAAACUCGCAAGACGAAAGAGUUUUUCGUUUUUUGAGUUGCUUCGCAAGACGAAUUUCCCUAUGGGCUUGCUUCGCAAGACAAAAACGUUUUGCAAGUUUGUUUCCUUUUUCUUAAAACCGUUAAUAAAGUACCCAGGGUGCAUUGCUUGAAGAGGUGCAGUUGCGACUUGACUUCGAGGAGCAACUCAUAGCACGCGGUGUGGUAGCCUUUUUUGAGGUUUUUGAGGGGUGGUAGCCUUUUUUGAUUUUCAAUGCAUUCCUAUGGGAAACCGUGCUUCGCAAGACGAAAAAUUCGCAAGACGAAAAAACUCGCAGAACGAAUUAAUUUCGUCUUGCGAGGCACCACUGUAUCCUGUAAGAAAGGGCACCUGCCCGUAAGGUUUUAAUAUACAUUUGUUAAUUUUGUAUUUUAUCUGUGAGGGAGUUAGGAGUUUAAUCUCUUGUUUCUUUAAGGAAGUGUAUGCAAUCCUUCAGGACCUUCUCCUGAGUAAGCUUCAUUGAGAUGUUGUGGAGCUGUGUAACUUCUCAUCUCAAUGAAUCUGCUGACAUAGGGGGGAUAAUAUUGGACUGUGUCCGGAAGAAUGCUUGAUAAAUACAAAGAAUGCUUUUCAUUAGAUUUCUGGUGCUCAUCUCAGAGCACCAGAGAAGGUAACAGCAAAUUUAAAAAACACGCCAUUAAAUUUUGUUUGAAAUUAAGUGAUACAAUUUUGUUCUUACCAUUUAAUGGUAGCAAAGUAAGAAUAUUGGACUGUAGUUGUAGCAACUGCUGAACUGUGACAGAAGGGCAAAGCUUUUGCAGUUUUAAAUGUGCUCAUUUUUUUCAGGAUGGUACUGGAUCUCUAAAACGCAGUGGCUCCUUUAGCAAACUUCGUGCUUCAAUUAGACGCAGCAGUGAGAAGUUGGUUAGAAAGCUGAAGGGAGGAAGUUCACGAGAGAGUGAACCAAAGAACCCCGGGUAAUUAUUUAUUUCUAGAUGUGCUGGAACGCUUGGUGCUGUAUCCAUCAUGCUGUAUAAUGGCUUUUUCUGCUGUAUCUCGUGCGUGAAUUGCAGCAUAAAAUCUGACGGCAGAUCUCGCAGAAAUGUAAUACAAAGGAUGUUUGUAGCACUUGUUAUAAGUUAGUCCUAACAGCUGGAAAGAUUGUUCUCUGUACUUAACAAUGUGAUUGUAAACAAUGGCUCUGUAAAAGCAAAACUUCCAAUGUUAUGUAAACUCCAGAAAGAAUUGCCCCAGAAUUACCUAUUCUGUCUUGCCACACAGGAAAAAUAUUGAUGCACUUUGCUGAAUUUCAGCAGUUUCCCCUUUAACAAUAUUAAUUCUGAGAACAGGGUUAGGGCAUAUUUGGUUCAGAAGAACUUAACAUACAUUUAUGAACGUGUGUGUAUAAAUGUGAUUGCGAUAGGUUAUUGAAAUGCUUCAUGUUUACUUAACUGGAUAAAUAUUUGCACUUUCAUUCAACAUUUUUUACAUACUAAUAUCAGCCAUUCUACUUUCUGCAUAGAACACAAGUGUAAAUUAUUGUUGAAAUGAAAAUGAAGUAAAAUACAUCAGCCACUCCUUGGCAUACACCAGAAAUAUGAAUGGUACUAGUACUGUACCAAUAAGUCUUCCUCUUGAAACUUGCUUAUACAUGGAUCAUGUGACUGGAUUUGUUGUGCAAAACAGUCAGCUAUCCAAGUUUUGUUAUCCAUGAUGUGUACGUGCAGAGAUUAAUUUCAGAAGAACUGCAGUAGCAGGUAAAUAGCCACUGUUCUCUAAAUGGGAACUAAUCAGUAUUAGCAGGAACCUUUUUUUAGGCUUGAAGAUAUUUUUGAUGCUUGUAUUCACUGAAGUUGAAUACUAUCACUGCUGUACAAGUUGCAGUGUUAGUUUUAUUGUAAGACGUCAGCCGGCCUUGUAAAAUGACCACUUGAUUAGUACAAACCAAUGCUCAUAAUAUAGUGUACAAGAUUUAGUGUUACACAGAACUCUGCAGGUUGGCGGUUCGGGAGGAGAUCCUCUAAAAAGGGAAAAAAUAGUUGUUUUGAGUUGAAUUAUAUUAUUACGCAUUUGUCUGCAGAUCAUUGUGGAAGUUCAUAGAAUCAUAGAGUGGGAAGGGUCCUGGAAAGUAAUAUAGUUCAAUCCCAUGCUAGUGUAGUGCAGCAUCCCUGAUAGGUGGCUUAAAAACCUCUAAAGAAGGGGAGUCCACUUCUUUCCAAGACAAUCUUUCCCACUAUUGAACUGCUUAUUUGUAAGAAAGUGCUUCCCUCCUAACGGAGGAGAAGGGUUUAUUGUUUGGUUUUUGUUCUUGUUUUUAUUAAUUAUUUUGUGUUUAUAUUGUGAACCGCCCUGAGAUCUAUGGAUGAAGGGCAGUAUACAAAUUCAAUAACUGAAUAAUAUUUAGCCCAAAUCCACUUGUAAUUUAAAGCUCUUUGAUUCGGUCCUAUCCUCUGGAGCAACAGAAAAUAAAUCUGGCUCAUAGAAUUGCAGAGCUGAAAGGGAUCCCAAGGGCCAUCUAGUCCAACCCCCUGCAGUUCAGGAAUGCAGUUUCAUCCACCUGAAAGUUCUUCAAGUAUUUGGACAUAAUUCAACAGUUUAGAAGCUUCGUCUAGAAUUCCAUACCACCCAAAGGGAUAGUUCUUUUUUCAAAACUUCUUAGUUUUUAUUUUAAGUAUCUUCAAUUAAAGAUAGGGAAAAACAUGAACGGCUAGAUUGUGUAUUAUCCAGUGUGUAACCUUAGUCUUGCAUUCUUCAUUGUGAAUAUUGAUUUGUCCUAAUGAAAGCGGUUUUCUACCAGUCUCUACAAAUAUAUAGAACUCUGAACAGUUACAUAUUGGUGUUGCUCUGAAGAAUUUUAGCUAAACAUUUUAGAUCCCCCACCCCAUGUGUGCAGUCAGAAGCUUUCCUACUUUUCCAGAUGUCCUCAGGUAUAGACUAGGAUACAAAGAGCCACUUUAGCCAUUGCAAAAUGAUUUCAACACUCCCAGCAAGGAGUUUUGACUUUGAUUCCCCCCAGCCAUAUCACAUAAACUGGUUUUGAAACACCUGGCUUUUUAAGAGCCUUCAUGCUUUUUAGGGUGCUAUUGAUGAGCAACCAAGGUCCAUAGGUGCAGAGAACUCACUGUGUGGUUCUUUGGAUCUAAGCUAUAUAUUUGCGGGGGAGGGGGGUGUCAGGCUGAAUUGAGGAAGGAGCCAGAUAAGCAGUCUCUCUCAGCACCUUCAUGUCUGUAAUCAACUAUUACUCAAUUAACUUUUAACUACUAUCCCCACAAAGUGGUGGUAUAGUUUUCUGAUUAACUACUAAUCCCUAAAACCGAAAGCUGGAACCUGCUUCAUGGUUAACAUUUGGUUUACUGUUCUUCUGAACAUUUAAGGAAACCCAGACUCUCCGUGAGCGUAGUGAUAUAAUCAAGCAAGACUCCUACCUCAGUGACACCUUCUCGAAGGAGAUUUCAGAUGUGCUGCAAUAAUACUAGUGCUAUUAACCAGUUGUAGAUUCGAAUGCAAAGGGAAAUGCUGAAAAUCAUAAAUAAACCAGUUCUCUUCAGUCUUGCCUCAAACUUGAAAAAUGUACAAGUGCACUUGCCAAAUUUUUAAUGGUCACAUAUAGCUAGCUAACUUUUGUUCUAAAAUUACUAAAUUUGUAUAGGGACAAUUCAUGGACAUGAUGAAACACUGUAUUUUUGUUUGUUCAUUAUUUAACAUUUCAGCAUUGCAUCUGUGGAUUUUUACUUUUUAUUUUAUUUUUUUAUUUGCUUAGAAUUUGAGUUUUGUGUUCAUGCUCUAUGUGGUGCGUUAUGUAUAUUUAGUUAACGUUUUUUCGCUUUACUGUAUAAUUUUUUUAUAUAUAAAUAAAUAACACAGGUGUCAACGCUGCAUGGCUUGCUGCUUCUUUGUGUUGCUAACACUUGUGUUGCGUUGAAAAACGUGUGCAUUGUAGUUUUGGGAGGCUUUAAAAAAAAUUAUUGCUUAAAUAAAAUCAUAGUGGCACUGACACUGUGUAGGUGCAGCCGUAAAGAUUAUGCCCAACUAUACAAGGAUGUAUAACUUCAUUCAUAAUCUUUAUUUUGAUUGCCAGGUCACAGAUUUAUUAUAGUCAAAUGUCUGCAUAAUUUUUAAGGAUGAGAAAUCUCACUGACUUCAGUGUUGUGUACACUCUUGUUGGGACUUUUGGACGAACCCUGAGCCAUUUUCACUUUGAACAACCAGCUCAUUUUCUCCCCUGGCUAGCAAGAGUCUCAGUUUUAAGAACAAUAUAUUAUGUGGCACAGAAGGCUGUUCUUUGAGAACAGUGCUUUUACACCCUGCAGUAUGAAGCAAUUGGGUAGAACACUUGUCAGGCCUGACCCUUGCCUUCCUAUUAACCUGUAUCAGCAUGUCCCCUUCUCCUAAUUUGUCUGUGAGACUAAAUAAUUUGGAUCGCCAUAUUCUAGCAAAAGUGCAAGGGGGUUUCAGUGUAGGUUUCUCAGCAAGGUUCCCUGUCCUGCAGUUUACAAAGCGGCUAGUGAGAGCAGUCCUGUUUCCUAGAGCUGUCAAUUGACACAGGUAGUUUCUUUUACACAUAGGAAAUAGUAUACUUUUACUCAUAAUAGACUCAUUGACAUCACUGAAACCAAUUUAAAUGUGUCCAUUAAUUUCAGUGAGUCUACUCUGUGUAAAAGUUAGUUGCACAUUAAGGGUCUGCCUGCAAGGAAUGCAUUUUGGGAUUAGUGUGACCGUUUUGAUGCAGCAUUGAGAAAAAGAUUUGGAAGCUAAUGUUAUGGAGAAAUAUUAAUUGCUCAUGCAUAUAGGUGGUGGCUACUCAUCUUACAAUGAACGCUACCUAGAUUUUUUUAGGCACUUUAAAUUGAAAUAUGGUUAAAUGUUGGAUAACUUUUUUUAAAAAAAUCCUUGAACCACUAUGGGUAUAAUUUCACAUACUUUUGUAAUACAUAUAUUGCAGCUAUAAAUUUGUUAGUUGUUGAUGUGGCAGUGUAUUAACAAUACCCUCUGAAACUGAGAGCUUCAUUUGACGAUUGUUAGAAUAGCAGAGCUUUCACUGCCUUGCACAGUUUCACCCCACAAUCCAGGCAAGACAAGAGAUUGUAUUAUCUAUCCCAUUCUCCAUUAAAGUUAUAAAUCAUGCCAAAACUUUGAAUAUCCAAGCCUUAAUUAUGUAGAAGCCCACCAAGGGCUCUGGUUAAAUGCUCCUUUUUGAUGGGUUUGCUAAUGCUACUUAUACAACUUUAUCUUGGGUAGCUUAUUGAUUUUUAUUUUUUUUAAGAGACUGGACACCUCUCAGAUUAAGAUCCAAUUUAGUAACUGACAUUCUGCAGAUGGAAUGACAUCUAGUGUUUCCUGAAUGUUUUUGGUGACUUAGCUUUGAUGUAUUUUAGAUUAAGGAAGAUGCAUGUGCGCCAAAUGUUGUCUUUUAGAAGAUACUAGGAGUUACGUUGCAGUAAAAUUCUUGUUGUAUACAUAUGUGUUCAAAGCGCUCCAUUUCAGCCCUUCUGAUUGGUUUAUCCUUGCAUGUUCACUGUCCAGCAUGAAGCGUGCCAGCUCACUGAAUGUUCUUAACAUGGGUGGCAAGGCAACUGAAGAUCACUUUCAAGUAAGAAGCCCUAUCAUAUUCUUAAUGCAAGUAGAUGGUACUGGCAGGGCUUGGAUUGAAGAAUUGGAUCGGUCACUAAAAUGGCAGCAGUUUUGGAUUAUUCCUGGUUCUGAUUUCAAACAUUCAGUCGGCUGUUUAGAGACUGGACCAUAUGACGCAAUGUUUGGCAGUACACUGUGAUGAACUGCUUUGCACAUUUUUUGCUAUGUGAGCCAAACUCCUUAAAAAGAAAAAGUGGCAACUCUGUAAACAGCUGCUUGCAUGUGUGAAUGGGUCUUGUCAUGUACUGAUACUGUAAGUAAUUCAAAAAUAUUCCUAUAAGCAUCCUGUAGAGUCCCAUAGCAGCUAGCAGAAACACCAGAUACUUGGGCCUUACGGAAAACAGUGGGCUAGAUGGUAAAACUGUUCCCAAACUCUACACCUCAGGAUACACUUGGGAAUUGCAUGGGUGAAUGCUUCUUAUCUAUUAGCUCUGCUCACAUGAAAAUCCCAUGGAUAUGAAUUUCUUGUUUAUGUUUUCCUGGGAUAAUCUGAAAAAGUCCCAUUGGAGUGAACAAGCUUACAUUUUUUCAGGCCUAAAACUACUCUUAUCUGCUCCACCUGGAGUUGCUCUUAAUAAGGGAUCAGAGACUUGAUACUGGCAUAGAAGUUAGCUACCUGCCCUUGCACAAGUGGGAGUAGGCAGGACACGCCACACCUGUCUUGUAGUAUAUUAGAAGUGCUAACAGAGGCUGAUUGAGCUUUUGAAAGCUUGAGCCCCACUUGCCUGAGAGGCCGCUGUGGCUCACUUCAUGCUGUGAGCUAUCAAGAGAGUCAAGAAUGUCCAUUUCAGGAUAACAUCCCUGUCCCUAAGCUUUGAAAACCAAGAGCAGAUGGGAAAACUGUUCUUGGCUGCUUAGGAAUUCAAUCUCCCUUUCUCAAUUUUGUGAAAAGAUAAGCACCUUUUGGGACGUGUUACAGUAAUUGCAUGCUGUAUUCUUCCACAUUGUAUAGUGUUGAAAAGUUGGCCUGCGAACAGCAUACGGGACAUUAUUGCAGCUUAAUAAAUGUCAAAUAGCAAUAGUUGCUGUGAGCUUUCCAGAUAAUGAGCAUAGACAGAGACUUGCACAGUUGAACUAAAAUGAGUUCUAAGUGACAGUGGCCAGAAUUCAGUUUGGGUACUAGGGUUUUUCAGUUUUCAUCUCUACUGGAGGCCCUUGCCUUCACCUGAAAAAGCUGGGCUUCCAGAGCAAUUUGAUCCAGCACAUGGUUUUAUAGAUGGCAAGGAAUACCAACUGCUUCCUUGAAUGAAUGCAGAAGAAACUGUGCUGACACAGGCCUCUUUAGAAACUAGGCAGCAAUUUUUUAAAAUAAGGGUUACUUUUAAAAGUUCAUUUACUGAGUGCCUGCUGAUGAAAAAAAUAUACUGGGGUGACAUUAGGGCAAGCCAAGGCUGCAAAACAGUAGCCCUUGCAUACCAUUUGCAUGAAAUACACUUCUCAUGUGCCAAGAUCCUAGCCUGUAUUUCAUAUAACACCUUCACCGAAAUUACUAGUGUUCUGUAUUGUGCCUCUUAACUAACACAUAACUGCAACUAACUUGUGUGAAGAAGUAGCGACUGCUUCAGUACUAACCUGAUGCACUUGUCGAAAAGUUUACACAAAGGAAAGGGAGCGAGUCUGUAAAGUAGCAUUUCCAGUUGUUCAAAACGUUAUUGUGUUAAGUUCCAAAAAUAAAUCCAUGAAACACAAUCCAAAUACUUUGAGGAAAAGAAAUUCCGCUGUUAUUUGGGUUAUCUUACCGUAUGAAAAAAUAAAUGGCAGUUGAGAGGUUUUUAUUCUGAAUUCUUUAAUCAGCACCAGAUCUUUAAUACAACACCAGAGAGAGGUGUAAUUGGGAGGAUUCCUGCCUUGAGAAAUUAACCGCUGAGGCAACCUGAUCUCAUGGCAUGGAUGAGAUCUGUGCUACUCUGAACAUGUUCCAAUAAACAUGCAUUCUUCUUACACAGAGAUUAUUUGUGCAGAAAACUGUAUUUUUUAAAAAUGGCUGUCGGAGCAAUAUUUCACCUUCUGAGUCAAGUACAUGACGCAGCACAUAUGCACAGAAAAUUGCAGUAAAUUGUACUGGAUAAGGUGAAGCAUCAGCUGCUACUGCUUUCAGAGUACAACAUUUUGUAUUCUCUUAAGUUGGCCAAGGUUGCUCUGAAUUUCACCACUUACAAGGCAUCUGUCUCCCAUGCUAGGAAGUGGCUUAUUCAUAAGGGCUGUGACACGAAAGACCAUAUAUAGUGGGGGCUCUAUUGCGGCCCCCUCCUCAUGCUCCUGGAAGAAACAGUUCUGAAGGUUGGAGAGGACUUGUCACUCAUAUGCACACUCACUGCCUUUGGCUGUCUGGCCAUGAGAUUGGAAGCAUCUAUUUUCAACCAACUGUGUUAGAAUUAGUAGAACGAACUGUUUGUCCCGACAAGCCAAACUUUUAAUUUCCGAACCUGGCUUGUUCAGAUAAACCAUGGUUGAAAAUGGACAUUGAUGCACUGGAGGGGAGGGGAGAGGAGUGGGCUUGUGUCUCUGAAUGCUAAACCAUGGCUUAGCAUUUUGUCCAAACCAGAGCUUUGUGGGGAGAGCUAACUGUUCAUGUUCACAGCUCUUUCUAUUCCUGCUUGGAGUAGAAAUAGAACGCAGGCACUGAUAAAGAUGGUAAGAAUUAUUACCAUUCCAAACUGGAGCAAAGUUUCCUAUUCAUAUAUUAAACCACUUUGAAACUUGGUUUUAAAAAAAGCUUAAGCUAACGGUAAAUGAAAAAUACUUGUCUGUUUUGUUCUUAUUCUUGAUUCUUAUUAUUCAUUGUUCUAUUGUUUUUCUCCAGUGUUUGUAUUUUAAAUGGUUGGGAUUGUUUUAAACUGUGCAUAAACUCUUUCCAUUCUUUUUCCCCAUGCAGGGACGAACUAAUUGUCUGACAGACUCAAGAGCUCUGAGUGCCAGUCACACUGAUUUGGCCCACUGA